AUGGUGGGAAGCACUGGGGAGAAGAGGCUGCAGAAGAGGUUCCAUGGGGGAGCCGUCACCCCGGGGCCAGAAAUGCCUUUUGGCGACAACGGUUACAUAGAAGGGAAGGAGCUUGACAAUUUUUUUCAUCAUCUCCUGGAGAAACUGGGACCAGAAAACACCAUCACAGGAGAAAAAGUUCAGAGGAUGAAGGAGCAAUUCAUGUCUGCCUACGAUGUCACCACAGAUGGACGCUUGCAAAUCCAAGAGCUUGCAAAUAUGAUCUUGCCAGAUGAUGAGAACUUUCUGCUGCUUUUCCGACGGGAAACUCCCUUGGACAACAGCGUGGAAUUCAUGCGGAUCUGGCGCAGUUACGAUGCUGAUAGCAGUGGAUUUAUUUCAGCUGGUGAGCUCAAAGAUUUCCUGCGAGAUCUCUUUUUGCAGCAUAACAAGACGGUUGCUGAGGUAAAGCUGGAAGAAUAUACUGAUACCAUGAUGAAAAUCUUUGACAAAAACAAAGAUGGACGGCUGGACCUGAAUGACCUGGCAAGGAUUCUGGCGCUCCAGGAGAAUUUCCUUCUUCAAUUUAAAAUGGAUGCUUGCAGCACGGAAGAAAGGAGGAGAGAUUUUGAGAAGAUCUUUGCACACUACGACGUUAGUAAAACGGGAGCUCUUGAAGGCCCAGAAGUGGAUGGGUUUGUCAAAGACAUGAUGGAACUGGUCAAGCCCAGCAUUAGCGGGGUGGACCUGGACAAGUUCCGCCAGAUCCUGCUCAACCACUGCGAUGUGAACAAGGACGGGAAAAUUCAGAAAUCCGAACUGGCUUUGUGUCUUGGGCUUAAAAUGAACCCAUAGCUGGGAGAGCGCUCGUGGUUGUGUUUCCCUUGUGAGAUUUGCCUGCUGCUCCUCGUAGAAGUGUGUCUGUGCUGCCGUGUGAGCGGUGGG